GUGGUGCCCCUGGAUACGCCCGGUGGCCGCCGUGGGGUCUGGGGCUUAGGCGGGGGCCAUUUUGCUAGAGGCUGCCUCCCGCAGUCGGAGGCGGCCUGGCAGCUCGCUCGGGUUGUUUCUUUUCCUCCUCCGCAGCUGGGGGCGUGGAGAGGAACUGGGAGGCUGGGCUUCAUCGAACACUUCGGAGGCGGCAAUGGUUCCCUCCAGGACCCUGACGACCCUCCAUGGCGGCUGCGCCGUCUGCGCUGCGCCCGCUGCCACCCCUUUUAGCCCCGUGUGCCUAUCGCCCCCAGAGCCACAGUCGCCCUUCCGCCCCAGAGACUGAUGUUCGUCGCGGUGGGGGCACCAUGAGAGGAGAGAAAAGCUACUACUGCCGUGGGGUUGCUGGGGACCACGGUUCUUACCCCUCUACGCCUUCGCCUCUGCCUCCGACGCUCCUGUUGCCCGCGGAGACGGUCUCAAGUAGCUGGUCCGGGCCUGGAGGAGGGCUGUCGGGAGGAGAGGAAGAGGAGACCAGGCUCCUGCAGCUCUUGCGCACCGCCCCGGAGCCUUCCGAGGCCUUCCAGGCUUUGCAGGCUGCUUUGCCGAGGCGGGGCGGUCGGCUUGGCUUGCCCCGGCGCAAGGAAGCUUUGUAUCGGGCCCUGGGCCGAGUGCUUGUGGAAGGAGGGAGUGAUGAGAAGCGCUUGUGCUUGCAGCUUCUCUUGGACGUUCUCCGGGGUCAGGGGGAGGCAGGCCAGCUGGAAGAGGCCUUUAGUUUAGCACUUCUGCCUCAGCUAGUUUUCUCCCUGCGGGAAGAGGAUCCGGCCCUGCGGAAAGAUGCGCUUCAGAUCCUGCAUGUAUGUCUGAAACGUAGCUCUGGACAGGUGCUGAGAGCGCUUAUUCAGCAAGGUCUGGAAAGUACCGACGCCCAGCUCAGAGCUUCCACUGCGCUGCUGCUCCCUGUCUUACUCGCUCCUGAGGAUCUGCUGACCGGCCUGGAUCUCACCGAAGUGAUAAUAGUCCUGGCUAGAAAGCUUGGUGACCAGGAGAUAGAAGACGAAUCGGAGACAGCUUUCUCGGCCCUUCAGCAAAUUGGGGAGCGGCUUGGCCAAGAGAGGUUUCACUCCUAUAUCUCUCGCCUCCCGUCUGCCCUGAGGAGACUCUACAAUCGCCGCCUGGAGUCCCAGUUGGGAAGUCAAGUUCCUUAUUAUUUGGAGCUCGAGGCCUCUGGGUUUCCUGAAGAGCCUGUCCCCUGUACGGCCACUCUUUCCAAUAGCAAUCUUAAAUUUGGGAUUAUUCCUCAGGAGCUGCAUUCCAGAUUAUUGGAUCAGGAAGACUAUAAGAACCGGACUCAGGCCGUUGAAGAACUAAAACAGGUGCUGGGGAAAUUUAACCCUAGUUCUACCACGCAUUCCAGUCUUGUUGGUUUCAUUAGCUUGUUGUAUAAUUUGUUGGACGAUUCUAAUUUCAAAGUGGUCCAUGGCGCGCUGCAGGUUCUGCAUUUACUGGUUAUUCGCCUUGGAGAGCAGGUGCAGCAGUUCCUGGGACCAGUUAUAACAGCUUCUGUCAAAGUGCUGGCAGACAACAAGUUAGUGAUCAAACAGGAAUAUAUGAAAAUCUUUCUCAAGCUCAUGAAAGAAGUAGGUCCUCAACAGGUGCUUUGUUUACUCCUGGAACAUCUUAAACAUAAGCAUUCCAGAGUAAGAGAGGAGGUGGUGAACAUUUGCAUCUGCUCCCUCCUGACCUAUCCCAGUGAGGACUUUGAUUUACCCAAACUGUCUUUUGAUCUUGCCCCGGCUCUUGUAGAUAGCAAACGCAGGGUACGCCAAGCAGCUCUGGAAGCCUUUGCCGUGUUGGCAUCGUCGAUGGGCUCGGGUAAAACCAACAUCCUUUUUAAAGCUGUAGAUACUAUUGAAAUGCAGGAUAAUGGAGAUGGAGUGAUGAAUGCGGUGCAGGCUAGACUGGCUCGAAAAACUCUACCAAGGCUAACAGAAAAAGGGUUUGUGGAAUAUGCAAUACUCAUGCCCUCUUCAGCCCAGAGUCGAUCAAGCCAUCUGGCGCAUGGAGCAGACACAGACUGGCUCCUGGCUGGUAACAGAAAUCAGAGUGCGCACUGUCACUGUGGUGAGCCCACGAGGGAGAGCAUGCAGAUGUACGGAUCGUACAGCCCAACGAUCUGCACCCGAAGGGUACUAAGUGCAGGGAAAGGGAAAAGCAAAUUACCAUGGGAAAACGAGCAGCCCGGAGUCACGGACGAAAACCCAGCCUCCAGUUCCAAGGAUAUAGAGCAGUUUUCAGCAUACGAUCUCAUCCCAUCUCCAAAAUUAAAGUCUUCCCAAGGAAUGCCAGUCAGCGAUGAUUUGUGUUUUAGCAGAAAAAGAGUAUCCAGAAACUUAUUUCAGAAUAGUCGGGACUUUCACCCAGAUUCUCUUCCUGUAUGUGCUACGGGUACAACUGGGACUCAUAAGACAAAUCUUCCCGGGAAAUGUGGCCAGCUUGGAUUGUCACAUAUACGUGGUAAAGCCGGCAGUGUAGAUUCUAACUUAGAGCUCCUGGGCACAGCUCACAGUCAUCAAGAUAAAGUGUAUGCUAGCCUAAAUUUUGGCAGUAAGACACAGCAAACACUUGGUAGUCAAACAGAACGUACUUCUUCAUACUCUGGCCCAAAUAUAAGUCCAGGAGCCUUCAUCCUUCCGUCCUAUCCUCUCUCAUCACCUCGAACUAGUCCAAAGCAUACAUCUCCUCUUACUAUAUCUCCAAAGAAGUCUCAAGAUAAUUCUGUUAAUUUCUCAAAUUCCUGGCCUCUUAAGAGCUUUGAAGGACUAUCAAAGCCAAGCCCACAGCGGAAGCUUGUCAACCAAAAAUCGUCUGAACCUACAGGAGAAAAUUCUCAAGAAAAACCUACUCCAGUUCAGCUUACACCUGCCUUAGUGAGGUCACCAUCUUCUGGACGUGGCCUCAAUGGGACCAAGCCUGUCCCCCCAAUUCCAAGGGGGAUAAACCUUUUGCCUGAUAGAGCUGAUGUAAGCACCGUGGGCAACAGAAAGAAAGAGCCUGAUGAUAUUUGGAAGAGUGAAAAAGAUAGUUUUACAAUUGAUCUUUCAGAAUUAAAUUUCAAGGAUAAAGACUUGGAUCAAGAAGAGAUGCAGAGCUCUCUUAGGUCUCUUCGUAACAGUGCAGCUAAGAAAAGAGCAAAGCUGAGCGGCAGUACUUCUGAUACUGAAAGCCCCGACUCCGCCAUGAAGCUUGAUCUGACCGCAGACUCCCCGUCUCGAUCUUCCUCUCCAAACAUCAGCUCGUUCAGUGAAAGUGGAGUUUACAGCCAAGAAUCACUGACGUCCUCUCUGUCUACAACUCCCCAGGGAAAGAGAAUAAUGUCAGACAUAUUUCCAACAUGUGGAUCAAAACCUUGUUCAACAAGAUUUUCUUCUGCAAAGAAUAAAAACUCUCAUAUUGCUGAAGCAAGCACCAAUUCAGGAUUUAUAAGGUCAUCAUCAAAUGUACAGCAGAUUUCCAGUUUUGACUUCACAUCCACAAAUACGCUAUCAGACGACUCAGUAGUAGUUGUUGGAAAAGGUGUAUUUGGAAAUCCGAAUUCAGCACCAGCAACCUACAGCCAGCCGGUGGUACCUUCUGUGGAAAAUGGGGAAACAUUUUCAGUUAAACAGAGUAUUGAACCACCGUCAGGGGUUUAUGGAAGAGCGGUGCAACAAAGUGUUCCAUCUUAUCUUGAUGUUGAAAAUGACAAAGAUACUAAAGUUGCUAUGUCAAAAUCUACAUAUGACAAGAUGAGACAAAAGAGAAAAGAAGAAAAAGAACUUUUUGAUGUUAAAGACUGUGCAAAGAAAGAACAUCAUCCCUGGGAACGAAUGAAGCAUAUAGGAAGUGAGAAAACAGUAUCAGAAAGUGAAGCAUCUCCGGGAGCGAUUCCACAGCACAAAGAAAGGGUGUCUUCCGUCACUCACAGUCUAGAAAUAAUGGACUCCCUGGCGCUCCGGCCAUUUUCCAGGCCAGAAGUAGCACUGACAGAAGCUCUGAGGCUUUUAGCUGAUGAGGAUUGGGAGAAGAAAAUUGAGGGCCUGAAUUUUAUUAGAUGCUUAGCUGCUUUUCAUUCUGAGAUACUGAACACUAAGUUGCAUGAAGCAAAUUUUGCAGUAGUUCAAGAGGUGAAAAAUCUGCGCUCUGGUGUUUCUCGUGCUGCUGUGGUCUGUUUGAGCGAUCUUUUCACUUACCUGAAAAAGAGCAUGGAUCAGGAACUGGAUACCACAGUCAAGGUGCUGUUGCACAAGGCUGGAGAAUCCAACACCUUUAUAAGAGAGGACGUUGACAGAGCGUUGAGAGCUAUGGUGAACAAUGUCACUCCUGCACGUGCAGUCAUUGCGCUCAUCGGUGGAGGCCAAAGCCAUUUACACAUUGCAGUAAGAAGAUGUACAGCCCAGCACUUAUCAGAUGUGGUAGAAUUUAUGGAACAAGAACGUAUUUUAAUUGGAACAAAGGAUAUGGCUGAACGUUUAUUACCAGCUGCUGCUAAGUUUGCUCAAGAUAGCUCACAGGAAACCAGGUAUUAUGGUCGAAAGAUGCUUUUCUUCAUGAUGUAUCAUCCUAACUUUGAAAAACUGCUUGAAAAAUAUGUCCCAUCUAAAGAUUUGCCAUAUAUUAAGGAAUCUCUUAAAAACUUACGGCAAAAGGGUUUGGGAGAGAUGCCACUAGAUCCUCCUUCAACAAAAGGAAGGCGCUCUCACACUGGCAGUGUUGGAAAUGCAAGAUCAUCAUCUGUUUCUAGAGAUGCCAUCAGUUCAGCUGAAAGAGACAUAACUGAAGUUCGUGAAGUCACCAGAAGAUCAGUUCCUCGUAAUUCCUUAGAAAGUGCUGAGUACAUUAAAGUCCUAACAGGCUUAUUAAACGCAAAAGAUUUUCGUGAUCGUAUUAGUGGGAUUAAGCAACUUUUAUCAGAUGCUGAAAAUAAUCAAGAACUUGUUGUUGGAAACAUUGUGAAGAUCUUUGAUGCUUUUAAAUCUCGACUUCAUGAUUCCAACAGUAAAGUAAAUCUGGUGGCUCUAGAAUCAAUGCACAAAAUGAUUCCUUUACUUAAAGACAACUUGUCUCCUAUAAUCAACAUGCUAAUUCCAGCAAUAGUGGAUAACAAUCUGAAUUCUAAGAACCCAGGCAUCUACGCUGCAGCUACCAGUGUUGUCCAGGCGCUGAGUCAGCAUGUAGACAAUUACUUGCUUCUACAACCAUUUUGCACCAAAGCUCAAUUUUUAAAUGGAAAAGCAAAACAAGAUAUGACGGAAAAGCUUGCUGAUAUUGUUACGGAACUUUAUCAAAGGAAGCCUCAUGCUACGGAACAGAAGGUGUUGGUUGUUUUGUGGCACCUCUUGGGGAACAUGACAAAUAGCGGCUCCCUGCCUGGAGCUGGAGGAAACAUACGAACAGCCACAGCUAAACUAUCGAAAGCACUUUUUGCACAGAUGGGUCAGAAUCUGUUAAAUCAGGCUGCGUCUCAACCACCGCAUAUCAAAAAGAGCUUAGAGGAACUGCUCGAUAUGACCAUUUUAAAUGAAUUAUGAAUCUGCUAUGAAAUAUGGGGUGAUGAACAAGACAGUUUACACGACGACGAAUGAGUUUUUCAAGCUGCGUUCCGAGUGCCUGCGCUUCGCAUCUAGGACACUAAGUCAGUAGCUGUGUGGUUUGCGGCCUCUGUGAGCCCCACCACUGCACCCUCGCGCGGAGACCUGAGGAGUACCCACCGCUCGUGAAACCCGAAGCACAGCGGCUGAAUGCUACUUGCGAAUUUUUUGAGAAAAGUCCUGCUCAUUUUCACUCUUCCAUAGAAACCGCAGCUUGUUGUCCUUUAUGUACAAUUAGAUUUGUAAUUAAAAAUAUAAUUUUUAUUAUGUAAUCAUGUUCUGCUAUGUCUCAUUACUCAGCCUUGUUUUGUGAAGUGGAAGAAAAGUCCCUGAACUAUGUUAUCACAAACUCAGUUUUGUGUGCUGUUUGUGAAAAAACAUGUAUUUCUGAAUCAGUCUGCUCGUACGAUUCUGCAGUAUUAGCUCGCUAUUGCUGCUGUGUGUGUGAUGUAUUUGCUUACCUUUUGGGUUGAAUUGUCUGCAUCAUUGUGAAGUUUAACGAGAUAAUAAAGCAUGAUGACCAAAGUUUUUAGAAAACAGUAAACUCUGAAAUGCACGUUUAAGAAAACGUGUUGAAUGUAACCUCCCUAUUCUUGUGUGCAAACACUAAAUUUUAUUUCUGUACGUCCUAACAUUUAUAAAGGUGUUAUUUUGCUGCCCAGUUCUGUAAUUCUCAAAAAUAGUGCCAGGUCUUCUAUAGUUUUUCUCAGAAUUCUUGGGCUUACAAGUACUGUAUGCAUCUCAAAAAAAAAAAAAAAAAGAAAAGGAAUGUUAUAAAAUAAAAGGAUUUAUUUCUGUA